GGGAGGUGGGGCUGCCGUCGCCGUCCGGGCCCCUGGGAGCGCGGGGCGCUGCUGCCGGCUGGGCUUGGUCUUCUGGGCUGCGCCGAGCGGGAGCUGGGAGCCGUGCUCCGCCGAGAGUUGGGCAGGGAGCGCCCGCGCCUCCGCGGCGUCAUGGGCCCCCUUCCCGAGCCCCAGCGGGCACCGGCCGCGGGAACCCCCGGGCCUCCUCGCCGCCGAGCCUGAGAGACCCCCGGCUUCCCCUCCCUCUGCCCUAUUUUUUCCUGCUGUCGCCACCUCUGCUACCCCUUUGCUCUCCGUUAUGGCCACGGAGCCGCCAUCCCCGCUCCGGCUCGAGGCGCCCGGCACCCCAGAAAUGCGGACCCCACUGGCGAGCGAUGCCGCCCCCGAAGGCACCCCGCAGUCGGCGGGCGGCGGGCUGCGUUUUCUUAACGGCUGCGUGCCCCUCUCGCAUCAGGUGGCCGGGCACAUGUACGGAAAGGACAAAGUGGGAAUACUGCAACAUCCAGAUGGCACAGUGUUGAAACAGUUACAGCCACCUCCGAGGGGCCCCAGAGAGCUGGAAUUUUAUAAUAUGGUUUAUGCUGCUGAUUGUAGUGAUGGUGUUCUUCUAGAGCUACGAAAAUAUUUGCCAAAAUAUUAUGGUAUCUGGUCACCUCCCACUGCACCAAAUGAUUUAUACCUAAAACUGGAAGAUGUGACCCAUAAAUUUAAAAAGCCUUGUAUAAUGGAUGUAAAGAUAGGUCGAAAAAGCUAUGAUCCUUUUGCCUCAUCUGAGAAGAUUCAGCAACAGGUCAGCAAGUACCCAUUAAUGGAAGAGAUUGGAUUCUUGGUGCUUGGCAUGAGGGUUUAUCAUGUUCAUUCUGAUAACUAUGAGACACAAAACCAGCACUUUGGAAGAAACUUAACAAAAGAAACUAUAAAGGAUGGAGUCUCUAAGUUUUUUCAUAAUGGGUUUGGCUUAAGAAAAGAUGCAGUUGCUGCCAGUAUUCAGAAGAUUGAGAAAAUUCUGCAGUGGUUUGAAAGCCAGAAGCAGCUUAACUUUUAUGCAAGUUCAUUACUAUUUGUUUAUGAAGGUUCAUCUCAGCCAACCACUACAAAUCCAAAUGACAGAACUUUGGCAGAAAAGCUCUUGUCCAAAGGACAGCUGUCAGACACUGAAGCACUGGAGUACAAUAAUAACUUUCAUAGGUUAAGUUCCACAGUGAAUGGCAAACUAGAGUCUUCAGUAGGCAAGAACUUAUCCAAGGUGUAUGCUCGUCACAGAAAAGUGUGUUCAAAAAAGCAUCACAGUCAGACUUCACUGAAAGUUGAAAAUAUGGAGCAAGACAAUGGAUGGAAAAGCGUGUCACAAGAACACUUAAAUGGAAAUGUACUUUCCCAACUGGAAAAAGUUUUCUACCAUCUUCCCACUAGUUGCCAAGAAAUUGCAGAAGUAGAAGUGCGAAUGAUAGAUUUUGCUCAUGUAUUCCCUAGCAACACAAUAGAUGAGGGAUAUGUUUAUGGUUUAAAGAAUUUAAUUACUGUACUUCAAAGUAUUUUAGACAAUUGAAUCUUUUGCUGUAGUCUUUUUAAGGAGUGGGCCAACUAUACUGAAGAGCAGCAGUCUAUCUGCAUCUGUAAUGGUAUGUAAAAAAUUUGUAUUGUGAGUAGACAUUUUAUUUGUCUUUAUACUUUUGGUAGAAAGGUUAUCUUUUUUAUACUCUUACUCAGGAAUACUAAUUUGUUCAUUAGAAAACUAUGAAGAAUAAAGAAACAGGAAUGUUAAGCAGGGACUGUGGCAGUACAUGGCUUC